AACAGAUGAAAAUGAUCUAAUGCUUACGCAACUGAACAAUAUAAAGGAUCAACUAAGCACUUUAAGAGAUAGAGAUAUGCAACGGCAGAAACAAGUGACCGAUUUAAAAGAUGAAAUUAACUCGUGUAGAGGUGUUAGAGAAGAGGAAUGCAGAAGAUCCAGACCAGGCUACGAUUAUACAGGAAAGGUGAACAUCACACAGUCUGGGAGAACCUGUCAAGCAUGGAUUCUUCAGACUCCGCAUUACCAUCCUCAUACCAGUCUCCCAGAAAACUAUUGCAGGAACCCAGAUGGUAUGCCCGAUCCUUGGUGCUACACGACAGAUCCAAACAAGCGAUGGGAUCUCUGCGUCAUCCCUUAUUGUGUGACAUGUCCAUUGGAAUGUCUUCGAAAGAAUGAUCCCAAGGGCACGAAAUACUUUGGGACUCUAAACGUGACAAAAACUGGAGACCCGUGUCAGCGCUGGGAUUCCCAAACACCACAUACACACUCAUUUGGCCAGCUGUAUGAUCAAGAAAAUUAUUGUCGAAACCCAGACGACGACGACGACGGUCCUUGGUGUUAUACGACAAAUGCCGACCACCUAUGGGAGUACUGUACAGUUCCUUAUUGUUAGUUAUACAAGCGCAGCAAUGUUAAGGGGACCAAGAGCUAAUAUACGACUGAAAAACGAUGUUGCUUGAAUUAAAGAAAAAAUACUUUGACCGGGAGUAUUAUCCAAAAUCAUGAGAACACAUCUAUGUUCAAAAAUUAUAUUUUAUGCAUGUUUGUGACGUCAUGUAUAUCGUUGUCACGUGACGUGCGUAUUUUAACAUAGCAAAUUAUCAAACUAAAUUGCUUCGGCGCAGGUGAUUAAUGACAUUAAAUCAUAAAUAUUUAAAAGAAAAAUCCUUUGUUUUGUCAUAUACUUUGAAGCUCUUGCUUGGGCUUG